CUUCUCUCGCCACCCCACCACACCACUUCACAGUUCACAGUUCACACCACUCCCCUCUUCUACUCCCACCUCCCCUUCUUCCUUCCUCCUCGUGAGAGCUCCAGCGAUGGCCAUCGACAAGGUGGACGCCAAGGAGAGGGAGAAGAUCGAGGCCGUCCGCAAGCUGCUGCGCAAGCAGGCGCCGCUGUCCGCCAAGCAGGCGCAGUACUGCAACGACGCGUGCGUCGAGCGGUUCCUGCGGUCGCGGGGGGAGAGCGUGAAGAAGGCGGCGAAGCACCUGAGGACCGUCCUCUCAUGGAGGGAGACCGUCGGAGCUGAUCACAUCAUGGCCGACGAGUUCUCCGCCGAGCUCGCCGACGGCGUGGCCUUCGUCGCCGGCCACGACGACGACGGACGCCCUGUCGUGGUGUUUCGAAUCAAGCAGGACUACCCCAAGUUCCACUCCCAGAAAUCGUUCGUGCGCCUGCUGGUGUUCACGCUGGAGGUGGCCGUCGCGUGCAUGUCCCGGUUCGUGGACCAGUUCGUCCUCCUCUUCGACGCAAGCUUUUUCCGCUCGGCGUCGGCGUUCCUCAACCUGCUCAUGGGCACGCUCAAGAUCGUCGCCGACUACUACCCCGGCCGCCUCCACCGCGCCUUCGUCAUCGACCCGCCAUCCCUCUUCUCCGUCCUCUGGAAGGGAGUGCGGCCGUUCGUGGAACUGGCGCCGGCGACGGCGGUGGUGUGCUCGCUGGACUUCGAGGACUCGCUGGAGGACGCCUCGUUCACGGCGUACCCGCGGACGGCGUCGCUGCGGUUCGAGCCGGCGGCGGCGGCGGCCGUCGUGGGGAAGGCCGGCGUCGGCUCGGCCUCGUCGCGGUUCUCCGUCACCCCCACCGACAACCCCGUCAAGCCGUGGUACCUCUCCACCAUCCCGGCGUCCGUGGGCUCGCGCUCCGUGGUGCCCACCAGCAGCCCGUCGCUCGUCGGCGCGUCCCCGCUCUCCGCGCGCUCCUUCUCCUUCGCGUCCCCCGCCGCGCUGCGCUCCACGGCCGCCACGCCGCCGCCGUUCCCGCGCGGCGGCGGGGGCGGGCCGCUGACGCCGUCCGCCGCCGCCAAGGGCCAGAAGACCCCGCCGCCGGCGCCGCAGCAGUUCCCGCGGACGCCGCGCCCGUCGUUCCUGCAGUCGCCGUCCAUGCUGUUCGCGUUCCGCAAGGACGGGCAGGCCAGCCGCGUGGAGCGCGAGCGCGAGUCCUUCCUCCCGUUCCUGCGCUUCUACCGCCGGCCCUACGACGAGAUAUCCUACCGCGCCAAGAUGCGCCCGCCGCUCGGCGGCCUCAUCUCCAUCGUCGGCGAGAAGUUCAAGCAGAAGCCGGAGUUCAAGCAGAAGCCGGUGCAGCAGCCGCUACGCCGGCACGCCGGACUUCACCAGCAGCACCACCACCAUUACCAACAGCAGCAGAGGAUCUGAUCUCGAUCGGUGCUGCGUGGCGACCCGAGAAUUUUCUCCAUACAGCAUAACUCCGAUGCCAUAUUAUGCUAAGUUAAUCUUUUGCCAACUUUUUUCCCUCUCUCUAGUUCUUAGCGCCUAUGAUAUUCUUGAAUCCAUGUAUAAUAACAUCCCAAAAAAUGUGAGUAAAAUCAACCCCUUUCUGCACCA